AGGAAUCCGGGUCCGACUAUGUGCUGGAGAAGCGUCACUCAUUCAUGCAGCUGAACAUCAUUCUCCGCUGAACUCCUGCUGUCACCUCCUCAUGUCCUCCUCCGCGCCUCGAAGAGGACAGGUCUGCAAACUGCAAGAGAUGCUUUGGUUGCCAUUUCAUCAAAACAACAUGAAUCCACAUCCUGUUUCAAGUGAACAAGUGUAAAUAGUCAGCAUAAAGUUGACCCCCUUGAACACCACAGAGAACCAUCACCUAGUCCUUAAAAAUACCUUAUUACCACAUCAACCACCCAACUUUGAGCCAAAUGGCACUUUUGGCCAAUCAAAUCAUGGAUGCAAGGAUUCUCAGCAGUAUGAAUGGGAGAGUAGAGCUGUCGCAGUUCUUGAGGGUCACCAACCAGAGCAUCGUAUCCCAGGUGAAUUCUGUCCAGGAAGACAGCCACAAGAACAGAAAAUACCCCUGUCCAUUGUGUGGAAAACGUUUCAGAUUUAAUAGCAUCCUUUCUCUGCACAUGCGCACGCACACGGGAGAGAAACCCUUCAAGUGUCCAUACUGCGACCACAGGGCUGCACAGAAAGGCAACCUGAAGAUACACCUCCGCACUCAUAAGCAAGGCAUUCUGGGCAAAGGCAGAGGAAAGGUUAGAGAGGAGAACAGACUGCUUCAUGAGCUUGAGGAAAGGGCGAUUCUAAGGGACAGGCAGAUGCGAGGCGGCCAUACUGGUCAUCAGCUGACACCCAAGGUAACCCAACUUCAGAAGCCCCAGCUUUCUCAGAGCAGCCCAACUCCACCUGAGUUCUUAUCCACAUUUGUUGCCACGGAGAGCCAACCACAUGCAUCCAGAUCACCGAAGGUCAAUACCACCAAUGAUGAGCCUAUCCAACCCCAACCUGUAGGUUUCCGUUGCUCGUUCUGUAAAGGAAAGUUCAGGAAGCAGCAGGAGCUGGAGCGCCACAUCAGGAUUCUGCACAAACCCUACAAAUGCACAUUGUGUGACUUUGCUGCCUCACAUGAAGAGGACCUCAUUGGCCAUGUCGAGAGCACGCACAUAACUGCAGAUUCGGCCACAGGACAGAAGCCUUCCGUGGGCACCAGUGACAAAGGGAAGCCUGUUGGUGAAUUCCCUUGUGAGGUGUGUGGGCAGACUUUCAGUCAGGCCUGGUUCCUCAAAGGCCAUAUGAGGAAACAUAAGGACUCCUUUGAACACUGCUGUCAAAUCUGUGGCCGUCGUUUUAAAGAACCCUGGUUUCUCAAAAAUCACAUGAAGGUCCAUCUUAACAAACUGGCUGCUAAGAGUAAUCUCCCUGCUGAGCUUGAAACAUCUAUUAACAUGGGUAACCUAACACAAGAUCAUCAGAGCACCCUCUACUCCCAAUAUAUCUCCCACAUACACACCAGGUUCCUCACAGCUGAGAGAACUGAUCAGCCAGACUAUAACCAUAUGGGAGCCAUGGCAGGCAUUGACCUUAAGCUGAGGGAGAUGUUAGGGAGGAUGAUUUCUUCAGGUUCAGUCCCUCCAACAGAUGUCAAAUCCUCUCCUUUGUUGGGUUUAAACCAUCUCCAUCCUCCUCUGACCUCUACUGGCAUGGAAUAUCUACAAAAAGCCAUCACUAACAGCAGCACGUACCGAAACUGGCAGAUUAUGACCCCAAGACUUGCUGUUGAACAGCAAAUGAUCCAUACAAAAGAUCACCACCAGCAACAACAGUGUUCCUACCUUCCUGAGACACAUCUCCCUUUAGAAGAAGGGAAAGUUUCUCUUGGUGACUCAGACACCAAGGCCAUCAGCAGACCCAGUAGUCCAAGCAGUUUGAGCCUUCAUGGGCCAAAGGAGGUCAUCCCAGAACCAGUGCCCUCCCAGUCUGGCAAUGCCUCCGACCAUCAACUACAGUCCUAUUCCCCAGAUACAGGUGAGAGCGUCUACAGGUCUCCACUCUCUGCUGACUACGCUGGCGCACAGGCAGCCUCCCUGGCUUUCCAUCUGGAUCGCUACCACUUUCCCCACUGGCAUAACAGUAGAGAACUUUCUCCUCCACUACAGCCUCCCAGCAGCAGUUCAAGCCCCACCGCCAACACUAAGCUGAGACCCAGGUCCAGGGAAGACUGGAGCCCAGCUGCAGGCCAGUACCAGCAGAAGCCCGAUCUCAGUGACAACGAUCAAGGCAAUGACAGCUCUUUAUCUGGUCAAAGCAGAAAGUCACAGUGUGAGCCUUUAGAUCUGUCAGUCAGACCCGAGUCUGUCACGUCUCUUCCAGGCAUGUCUCCUGCUGUACUGCUGCAGAUGUCUGGUGUUUUCAGUAAUGGACUCUCCUCCUCCAUUAGCCGCAGGCUGCAGAGUUACUCCAUUUCUGCUGCCGAGCUCGGCGUGAAACCCGCACAUCAGUGUGACCUGUUUGUGCAGGCAACAAAACAGGAGAACGCGCAGAACAUGGGCACGGCAGGUCAAGGUGGUGAAGGUGAAAUUGAGAUAUCCAGCCACGGGGUCGAGGAUGAAAGUGAUGAUGCUGCCAAGUGGAAGAUGUCAAAAAAUAAUGUCCUCGAAUCAGACGAGGCGCGCCAGGUGAGGGGGGAUUUCCAGGGUUUGGGGGAGAAGCUGGGACUGUGGGCCAGAGUUAUGGCUGAAAGUCCAGUCCCCAAUCCAGAGGACCUGACACCCGGGCAGGCCAAUCCUCUCCCACGCCAAGGCGGCCUGCUCGCCUUCCUCAGGUCACAUGGGACCCCGAGCAGCGCACCCAACUGCGCACAACAAUCCAGCGCGAAUGGCAGGGGGUAUGUGGAAAAAGAGGCUGCAUCCGGACGGAAGCCAUUCCAGUGCAGGUACUGCCCUUACAGCGCCUCUCAGAAGGGGAACCUGAAGACACAUGUCCUGUGUGUCCACCGCAAACCCUUUGACAAUAACAUGUACCCUGACCGCCGCCUGCGGCGCUCUCACUCGGCACGCAGGUCCUCAAGACCGCCCCUGUGCGUCACAGGAGAAAGUCGUGCUCCAGCAAGAGAGCAGAUGGGGAUGGCAUCACUCUGCGGGACUUGAUGUUGUCAUGGAAACGACAAACACAGAUAACGUUUUAUUACCACCACCAAGAGGUUAUGAUGAUUGUUAAAAA